UGAAAGUUGGCAGUCCUGGAACGAGCCGCGAGGUCGCGACGCUUUACGCGCUCGAGCGACUCCACGAGAUACUAGCGGAGCGGCGGUGGUUGCAGUCUCUAAUGGGUACCUACUGUACUGUACUGUGGAAACUCAGUACCCGCGCUGAACUCGCGCGAGCAUAGAACAUACAGGGUCUGUUCGUAGAUGUCUAGUCUGUCACGAGAUGAUGUCAGCUGCUUGUCUUCGUCGCAGCUGUGAACUACGAUAAUUCAUACUCGCAGUUAUCAGUUUUGAGCUGGAUACAUCUCGAUACCAACAGCACCAUGUCCAUCAGGGUUGACGCCAAGGGUUGGAGGAUGAAGACUGUGACGUGGUUGGCUCUGGUGUACGCGGCCCGCGCAUGUGCACAAGGACUCUGCGACACCGCCUCCUUCAACAGGAACCCCAUCACCGGACAAGGUGGUGUGGAUGGCCGGACCGUCAUCACAGGGCAGCUCUUCCAGCUCGGGGACUUUGACGACUGCCUGUACCGCCAGCAGGCCGCCUACUGCCUAGCCCGUGUGUACCUGCUGCCCACCAACAUCACCUCGCCCGUCUCCAUGUACAUACGGGAGCACGGACAGCGGUGGACGCACUGGCGACGGGACUCGGUGCGGUGGGCGGUGUGUGUCCCGCCGGCAUGCCGGGACGCUGCGAGCCUGCAGCUGUCCCUGGAGGCGGCGCUGGAGCCCGCGGGGCGGGAGCUGGGGAUCGUACCCACCGUCUCCCUGCGGCCCGAGGACUGCCAGACCUCGGCCAGUGACCCGCCUCCCCUCACCCCCGCUGACUACUUCCUGGGGGGAUUGCUGUCGCUCAUUGUGAUCCUUGUAUUGAUUGGGACAUUGCAUGAUAUCUCGCAAGAUUUGGUGUCUCCAAAUUCAAGGAAGAGAAAAUACAAACAUAACAAUGACGGCGUGCUGAGGUGCUUCUCAGUGCGUGCCAACCUUGCGCGUCUCUGCUCCGACUGCAAGGAGCCGUCGCUGGCCGCGAUCCAGGGCAUGCGGUUCCUGGUGCUGUUCGCGGUCAUCGCCGGACACUGCAUCUUCGUGAACGCACAGGGCGCCGUCGCCAACAUCAGCUUCCUGGAGGAGCACUACGGUGACUGGACGUCUGCCGUGUUCCUGAACGGUCAUCUGGUGGUGUCUGCCUUCUUCGUGAUCUCCGGCUUCCUGCGCGGGUACCACUUGCUGCAGGAGGGCUCCGUGCUCAGCAGUGUGUUCCUGCGCUACCUCAGGUUGACUCCGCCACUGGCGGUAACGGUGGCUCUGGCAGCCUCGUGGUUGCACCGACUGGGCGCCGGCCCCUACUGGCACCAGCACCUAGGCCGGGUGGCCACUGACUGCCGUGCCCACUGGUGGACCAACCUGCUGUACCUCAAUAACCAGCUGCACCUUGGAGUGCCGUGUCUGCAGCACACGUGGUACCUGGGUGCCGACUGGCAGCUGUUCCUGGCGUCGCUGCUGGUUGCGCCGCUGCUGCGGCGGUGGCCCGGGCGUGCCUGUGCCGUGCUCGGCGCGAGCGUGCUCGUCAGCGUGCUGCUAUGCUUCCUGCACACCUACGUGCGCCGGCUGCGCGCCACGCUGCUGCCCGUGCCUGCGGUGCUGCAGAACCUCACUGCCGACGACACGUUCUUGCACGGCUACACCUCGACGCUGUGCAAUGCAGCGCCCUACUUCGUGGGCCUCAGCUUCGGUGUCGCCUACCACAGGCUGAACAACACGGGGGUGAACAAGCUGUGGAUCGUCACAUGGUGGGCGAUGCUGGUGCCCUUGCUCGCCGGUCCACUCUGGUCCGUGUACUUCGUGUACGAGCCUGGGUACGACUACGGCCACCUGCUCGAGAGCUGCUACGCCGCGCUCCAUAAGCUGCCCUUCGCCUACGCUGUGGCCUCCGCCAUCACGCUGUUCGGACUUGGAUACGGCUGGGUGGUGGGCGACGUGCUGUCCUGCCGUGCGAGCGUGGUGCUGGGCCGCCUCACGUACUGCGCCUACCUCGUGCACUUCCUCUGGCAGAAGGCGGAGGCCGGCUCUCGGAGGUCUCCCUUCCACCUCAGCGUGCUGCAGAUCACGAGGGCGUCCCUGCUGGACCUGGUGGUCUCCUACGUCCUGGGGCUGCUGCUGUGCCUCUCCGUCGAGAUGCCCACAACAGCCCUCGUUGCACGCCUUGCUCGGGGAACACCGGCUGAUACCAAGGAAACCAAACAAGAAAAGUUAUCUCAAGAAAGUUGAAAAUCCAAACAAUUUGGUCGGAGAACUUUCAUGUCAGCGGUGUAUGGUUUCAGUAGAGGUGCAUGCAAUAAUGCAGUACAGUAUUUAACAAUUAUGAAAUCUGAGUUACCCCAGAACAAACACCUCUUCAGGAGUCUCUGGAUUUUUCUUAGAGCAGAAUAUAUUAAAAGCUGGAUUCAGUGCCAGUGUUCGGGCGAUUUACAACAUCCUCAGUGUUGCGUAGCCGUGGCUUUUGGGUUUUUACACUAAAUAAUCCUCUGGUUUAGUCUGGUGAUAAAAAUGUGGAGCCAUAUUCUAAAUUUUCGUUGGGUGAAGUGUGUUUAUAUUCUUUUAUUAUAAGUUAAAUAAGAAAUUCAUAAAUGUUGAUACUAUAUUGUGCAUUAAACAGGGUAUCCCAGAACUCUACUACAUCAGUCAGGAAAUAGGCCAAAAAUGAUGGUUCUAAAUCAAGAAAUGGGUCCUUGUUUUACAGUUAGACUUUUUUUCCUCAAGCUUUUUAAGAUCCCAAUCCUAUUUUAAGAGAGCUCAUUUUAGUAUGAUUAGAAUAAUUAUUAGGGACCCCAAAAUUUCGCGAACCACAAACUUGGUGAAAAAUGAUGAAAUUCACCUGUUUUUCACUAAAUUUAACAAUUUUUUGAUGAACACAAAGUACGGUGCACAAUACAGCCGUUUUCACAAGAUGAGCCCCAUUCCUUUGUUUACAUGUACUUAAUUUGUUAUACAUCAUCUUGAAAUGUACACUUUGUGUGUAGGUUAUGCCAAAUAUUGGGAGUUGUGUAUCAAUUUUUUUUUUAAUUACCUAACGCAUGUUGAUGGUUUGAGUAAGAUUUUAGUUUUUCGGUAAAAUUUUAUGAGUUAUAAGAGAUGAUCAGGUGUAUAUUUACUCUGUAAGUGAAGAAGUCUUUUUUCUGAAUGAAAAUUAAAAAAAAAUUGCAUUUUAUUUACUUCCCAACAUAUUUUCCAAACUUUCUCUAAAAGGGGCUGUGAUACUGCAAAAGGUUUACCAUUUUAAUGAGUAAUUAUGUUUGGUUGGUUAAAUUCAUAAUACUUAAAAAUAGUGUAUAUGGUUGGUUAGGUUACCAACAUAUAAAAUACUUUAAAUAUUGUGACAGGUUGAUUAGGUUUGGUUAGCCAAAUUAAAAAUACUUAAAAUGUUUAUGAAUUACCAAUUUCAAAUAUAACUAGGUAACUUAACCAAUCAUCCUUACUUUUUAAGAAUAUUUUUAACGUAGCUAAGCUAACUACUAUUUUACUGAAUUUCUUAUGUAGCAACCUAACCAACCAUUUACACAAUGUCAUAGUACCUUUAAAGCAUCAAACCCAAACCACUUGUUAAACCAGUUAAAUUACUUUAAGUAGUAUCAAAACACCCUCUUAGAGAAUGACUGAGGGAAAAAAAGGAAGUAAAAGAAAGCUUUUAAAAUUAUUUUUUUUUGGAAAGGCCUCCCCCCCCCCCCCUCCCCACAUAAUUACCAAAAGUUCUUCAGUUUCAAUUCACUGUGUAAAUAAAUAAUUUUUAAGGCAAUAAAAUGCAAAAAUGAACAUUUGAUACUGAAUGUUAGGUGUACAACUUUGUGUCUUAGUGCAGACUUUUGUCAUUGCUUUUGCCUUAUUUUAACACCGCUUUUGAUCAAUUUCAUUUACCUUUUUCAAAGGUCCCUAAAAAUGAUACAACACUUACUAAUUUUCUCUCUUUUUUUUUUAAUAUAUGUAUUUUUUGCAAGAUGACAUAAGUUCAGUACUGUUUUAAUACAUCCUAUUAGUUAAAAGCUCAAAGAUUAGCCUGUGUAAGAAAACUGUAACAUCAAUUGCCCACUCUUGAGUCUUGCUUGGACUAAUUUAAAUAAUUGACUCAUAAUACCUAUCACAAUAUAGAAAUUAUUUCCAAAUUAUCACACACACGCUCGCAUGUAAAAGUGGUCAAUGUUGUACCAUUUUAAAACCUUGUUUGGGUGGGCAUUUAAAAAUAAUUUGCCAAUAAUUUUUUUAUAGUAUGAAUAGUCAAUUUGCCAAUAUUUUUUUUACCGUAUGAAUAGUCAGUUACAUAAAUUGAAAUUUUGGCAGUUGCAAACAACAUGUUUUCCCAAAAAUUAUUUUCUGUGGGUUUAUAUGGAAUUAUCAUCAAUAGCAGAGUUAUUCAAGAUUGCAUAGGAAAAAUUAAACUAGUUUAGUAUAGAAAUUUGCAGUCACAGUAAUAAUUUGGUGAAGGGUGGAUAUAUGAAAACUUAAAAGGAAAAAAAAAUGUGCUUACAACCUAAAAACAAGGAAUAUUUAUUUGGUAGUCAUUGACAGCUGUUCACAGCUUAAUAAUGUGAUAAUUCUAUAUACUUCAUUUAGCCUUACCUUUUUUAAUUCCAUCAACCACGGAAAACAUUUUAUGAUCUAAAAUGAAAAAAAUGAUAAUGUACAAGCAACUGUUCCUCCCAAUUAUUUGACUCUUCUCAGGGAUAGAGCAAUGUUGGUAACGGAAAUUCUUGCACUACAACAAUCAGGGUUGUGCAUGUAAACAUUACAAUUGUUUUGCUUAAUUACUCUGUACAUACAUACAUACAUACAUAGAGGGAGCAAAAUCAUUCGUAACAAAUUUAAGAACGUUUGUUUGCUGGAUGUUCUAUACUUAUAAUUUAACAGAAAAAAAAAAAAGAAUUGCCAUAAUAUUUAAGAAUUUACACAUCAGCCUGUUUUGGAAAUAUAUUUUAAAAAAUGCUUAUGCGAUGAUCAUGUUGUUUUUUUUUUGAAGGUUCAAAUGUACUUCAACAGUUAUCUUGCUUUUACAUAAGUUAUUUAUUUUUAAAGCAAUGGCUGAAUAAAAAUUAUAUCUACAGAUUUUUCUUAAAGUAGCAAAAUAUGUAAGUGAUCAUCUUUGAUUCGAAUUUAAAAAAAAAGAUUGCACACCUUAAAAUUUUGGCAGGUGUCUGGUGCUCAUCGAGUGUAAUAAUACCUGUGUUAGUGUAGCUGUAUGAAGAAAAAUAAUACAGAUGCAAAAAUGAAUGUCAAUUUUUUUUAUUAUUAUUUAACAUUUUCAACAUAAACAAUUGCCUAACAUUUCCUGCACUAGAUGUAUACACCUGAUAUUAACUAUUCCUUGUAUGAAUAUUAACUCAAAACCCAUAUAAAGCUAUUCAUUUUUGUUUGUAUGCCAAUAUGUAUUACUUUUCAGCCAGUUUUUGUACAGCGAAGUGAAACUGAUUAGACAUUGUCAUAGCCAGGCAACUGCAGAGCCAUGGUUGAUCGGGUACAUGAGGAUGGCAUGACCAAGGACAUAACACAACCAUAACUAGCUGAAUGUUUAAUGUUAUGCACUUCAGAGGAAAUACAGAAUACUGACAAUUAGUCACUUGAAAAAUUCAUACAACUACUAAGUAACAUUGACCAGUUGUCUGAAAAGUCAAUUAACUUUAUUUUUCAAUCAUUUGGAAAUAAUUCAAUCUAGUCUUCUUACCUAAAUAAAAAAUACAAAACAAAAUAGAACGUAAUACAGCUUAAAUCUUAAUAAAUGUUAUUUAUAAAAUCUUAUGACAUAGUACACCCUAAAGCAAUAUCAGAUCCUUUACAAGUUUUGUAAAAUAAAACCUUCUGUUUAACAACCAUUAAGCAAGCCGUGUAACCAGACACAGAAAAAUUAUUCAAUUGAUACAGGUUUUGGUUUUUUAAAGGAAAAAAAAACAUGACAGGAUUUUUAUCACAAAAAUGUAUGUUGCAAAACUCAUGUUACCUAUGAGAGUUAAAAAAAAAAAAAAAAACUUGACAAAUGGCAAGUAAUUCCGUAUCAACUUGCAUAUAGUUCCCAAGUCUUUCUCCUUUAACUGCAAUAAUGUUGAAUUAUUCAGCAUUAUAAAACGGAUUAGCAACUGAAAACAUGAUCAAACUAGGAAAAUUACAUUGCACAAUAAAGAUCAUCAUUUGGUUUGGCAGUGUUUCACAACGCUUGGACAGAAAUAAUGCUAUGGCUGGGUUGCAAGGAGACAGCAUACAACAAACACA